CUCAAAAUACAGAAAAAAUCUCCCAAGAUCUCUCCACUCGUUCCCCCCCUCCAACCUUCAAGAAAUCCCCCUCGAACAACAGAGAACAAGCAACAAUUCGUUGAACUUUAUCUUUUCAUUUUCUCCAUUUCCUGCUCUUCUUUCUUGAAGAUUUUCCCUUACUCAUUUGCCUGAAAAUGAGUAUUCUUCAGUACCCAGACGCUGUUAAAGCUCCAGAUCUUCAGAUAUGGAACAACGCCGCCUUCGACAAUGGAGGUCUAGACGAAUCAGCUAAAGCUAAAGAUUCUUGGUGUCCUCUGCAACCGAUCUUCGUCAACCAAUCUGAAACCCUUGAAUCCGAUUCAAGUAAAGAAAAUCAAGGUCCCGCUAUCUGCAAAUCCCCUGUUUCUGUAAAAUCUCCUAUGCCCAACAAGCCCCUUCACCCAAACGGUGCUACGGGACGAUACUCGCAAGGGAAGCCAUUGAAGUUACUCUACAAACAGGGCCUUCUUCCCCACUCCCCAACUUCGUCCGAUAACGGAAGUGAUGCCACUCGUGACGUCAGCAAGAUUGAUACCGAGAUUGAGGAGAUCGAGAUGGAGAUCAGUCGGUUAUCAUCUAAACUAGAAGAACUUCGCCUCGAAAAGGCUGAGAGGAAUCUUAAGGAGAUUGAAAAGCGCGGACGAAUCGUGCCAGCAAAAUUCAUGGAGCAGAAACAGAGCACAAAGAAUUCAGCUACAGCAAGAAAAAUGGAAGAACGAUCGACAACGAGCAGUAGCACGAAAUUUCAGCGCAGAGGCGUCAGUCUUGGGCCAUCGGAAAUUUUCGCAGGUGUUAGAUCCCGGCAGAUGGGUAAGCUAGAAAUGACCCCCACUCAAUCAAUAACUAAUCGCCGGAAAUCAUGCUUUUGGAAGCUUCAAGAUAUCGAUGAAGAGAAGGUGACAAAACAAAGAGGACGAACUUUGAGUCUAAGCCCAAAGCCACGGUCAUGCGCUACAAAGGUCCAAGCUCCCAAACAAGGACUCACGACUGGCGGAUCAAAGAAAUAUGUGAAAAGAGAUGAUGGGGUCAUGUCGUCAAUCCAGCCGAAGAAGCUUUUCAAAGAGAGAGAAAAAUCAGUUGCCCCAAAGAAACCAUCAAAAAAUGGGAGAGUAGUAGCCAGCCGAUACAAUCACAUUCCAGUACAGCCUGCUGGAAAUCUAACAAACAAUGAUCGGCGGAAGAGGUCAUUGCCAGAAAAUGAGAUUGAUGGUAAGAGAUGCGAUAAGAAACUUGUUUCCUCAGUUGGAAAGUCAGCUGCGUUUCUGCCGGAAUCCGGCGGAAAUCAGGUCAAAGAGAAACGCCCCAAAAAACGGUGGGAAAUUCCUAGUGAGGCGGAAUUUGCUCAAAAGAGUUUAGAAGAUGUCUCUCCAGCUUCAAUUGUGAAGAUGACAGAAUUGCUUCCAAAAAUCAGGACAGUCCGAUGCAUUACGGAAGAAAGCCCUAGGGAUUCUGGACCUGCUAAGAGAGUUGCAGAGUUGAUUGGAAGAAAAUCUUAUUUUGGUGACGAGGGAACAGAGGUGGAGACUUCAGUCUGUCAGGCUCUUAGUUUUGAUGACGAGGAAGAAGAAGAAGAAGAAGAAUAAGAUAUUUCCUUUUCUUCCUUUUUCUCCCAUUUUUAAUUAGUGAUUUGUGAUGGGGUAAGCUUGCUUUAGCUUCCUCAAAAUGGUACGCUAGUUUCUACAUUUUCAUUUUUUCUCUGUUCUUUGAAUUCAUAUGGGAAUAAGAUUUCUCUCUUUGUUCAUA